AAAAGGAGCUCUCGGUAAAACAUGUCGUGGAUCAGAGAGGGCGAGCUGACCAUCAUAGAGAGAUUUUGUGCCAACAUCAUUAAGAAGAAUAACUCACCAGUUCCAGGAAAAUUCUACCCUUGCUCAGCAGAGUCUUGAGACUGGUGAUGCUGUCCUUCUCGCAAAAGGAUCUGUGCAGACCUAAUGAGGCAGGUCCAAUGCCCAAGCAUGUUGCCUUCAUCAUGGAUGGCAAUCGCCGUUAUGCCCAAAAGUGUCACGUGGAAAGACAGCAGGGGCAUUCGCAAGGCUUUGAUAAGCUGGCACAGACACUACGGUGGUGCUUGAACCUGGGCAUUCGGGAGGUCACUGUUUAUGCCUUUAGUAUUGAGAACUUUAAACGCUCCAAGGAGGAGGUGGAUGGACUAAUGGAUCUGGCAAGACAGAAAUUUAGCCGCCUACUGGAAGAACAGGAGAGCUUGAAGAAGCAUGGUGUGUGUAUCCGUGUCCUUGGGGACCUGCCACUUCUGCCCUUGGAUAUUCAGGAGCUGAUUGCCCAAGCUGUGCUGGCAACUAGGAACUACAACAAAUGCUUUCUAAAUGUCUGCUUUGCGUACACAUCAAGACAUGAAAUCAGCAAUGCUGUCAGGGAGAUGGCAUGGGGGGUAGAACAAGGACUGCUCGAACCCAGUGAUGUGUCUGAAUCGUUGCUUGAUAAGUGUCUGUACACCAACAACUCCCCUGACCCAGACCUACUGAUUCGAACCUCUGGAGAGGUUCGGUUGAGUGAUUUCUUGCUCUGGCAGACAUCCCAUUCAUGCCUGGUGUUUCAGUCAGUCUUGUGGCCAGAAUAUUCCUUUUGGAACUUGUGUGAGGCUAUCCUUCGGUUCCAGAUGAACUACAGUGCUUUACAGAAGGCCAGAGACUCCUACAUGGAGGAAAGGAGGCGACAACAGAUGGAAAGGGAUCAGGCUUAUGUGACAAAGAAGCUGCAGCAGGAGGGGUUUGCGUCCCACGGAGACUCUCGGCGCCGACGGACACUGUUGCAGAAAUGCACCGCCACGCGGGAAGAGAGAAUCCAGGGCUUUCUACAGGCACUAGAGCACAAGAGAGCGGACUUCUUUGAAAGAUUGUGUACGGUGUCUGCAUGACAUAGGUGCUCGGUUGUUCUUGGGAAGACAAUUUUUAACCGUGUUACAGGGAACAGGUGCUGCCCAGAGGAAUUUACUCGGUGUGGUUCUGCAGUGGGGAUGCAGGGCUGCUAUAGGACUUUACGUCCCCACUGGCUCUAUCUGAGGGCAGGGACAGAGUACUGUGAACCUUUCUAGUUCUGUGAAUGCUGCUGAGGAAGGUAAUGCCGUCCUUCUGUCUCGCCUCCCUGCCCCUGGUGAUGGAGAAUACAUGCACCCUGCCAUAUCUCUGCUGCUUGGCACUUUACAGGCCUGGGUGUUUUGGUGACAAGAAGUUAACUAAAAUGAGCCUCCAUUUCUGUUUGACUCCUCAUGAAUCGGCCCAGGCAAACCAAUUCAGUCCUGUUAAAUCAGUCUGAACUUGAAUUCCUUCCAUGGCUUUGCAGCAGUGAAUCUUCUGUUGAGAUUUCCUCUGCUGUCCCAUAAGGGGAGCCUUGCUUUCUGUAGGGAGAGGACUAUUCCUGGUGUAGAAGGGAGCCCUGUGCCAAGUGGUGGCAGAGAUAUUCCCCACUGCCUAUUUCAUGAUGUCAUCUUGUAUUUUCCCCACCUUACUCUGCUGGUUUUGAUGUAUCUGCUCUUGGCUUCCAAAGAGCUAAAGCGAGGUGUUGUCAGCCUUGCCAGAAAGAAAAAAAGGUACUCCGAAGCUUUGCCAGGUCCUGUGAUCCCUUCUGAGCAGUGUAUGUGGGGAAAACCCAAAUGCUGAAGGUGCUGGUGUUAGAACAGACUGACUGUGCUUAGGAAAGGCUCUGAGCAGGCAAGGAAAAAGGAUUGGUUGGGAAUUAACUUCAUGGCUUAAAAAGGAAAAGAAGUUAGCUAAAACCAGGUGAUGGAUACAGUAUUCCAAAUCGCUCCGAGACCUCUCUAGAGCUAUGACUUAAAGUCCUGUUUCCAGGGAAUGAGGGUGGGCUUAGUUCAGGAACACAGUAGCCAAAACUGACCUCUGACCCCAGCCAAAAUGGUUUAGAAGGGCUAUUGAGCUGAUUUUAAUGGGAGUGGCCAGAGCAGCUGUGGAGUGUUGUUUGUUCUCAAUUUUCCAUUGGUGGGGAGAUGGACUAGCUAAUCUGGAAGAUUGUUUCUGUCUUUUAUUUCUCCUGGUUUCCGUCCCCAUAGUCAAAAUAACAGAAAAUGUCUUGAUUUUUGUUUCUGAUGCACAUACAGGUGCAGCACUACCAACUAUUGCUGUUUUUAAAGUGUUCUUUUUUACCUCCAGGUGAAAACUAGAAAAUAGAGAUUUAAAAGACUUGUAAGUGCUGCAGACUCAGCACUUUGAAUGUGAUUGCGAAGAGGGUAACUACAUUGUCAAAUCGUGAAUAAAGCAUAUUCAUACCAAACUUAUUUAAAAAAUAAGCUGAAUGUUUAAAAGUACGUAGAGCUUCUUAUUCUAAGGUGUAAUGAAGUUGGCAUCCAGGUCUAAUAUAAUAUUGUUUAACCUG